CUUCCCCGCUCUGCUUCUUCUGCUCACUGCUCACCGAUCAGACACUCAACCAAGUCGAUAGAGAUCUUCUUCUUGUUUUGGUUUGUCCGGAGUUCUGUGUUCGUCGAUUCAGGCCUUCUGCAAUUCGGUGUCGGUCCGGUGAUGUCGCAUGAUUUGCAAAACGAUUUGGAGGUGGUCGGCGCCGGCGACGAUUACGGCUUCGAGUUCGACGACGAUGCCGGCGGCGAAGGGUUCCAAACCUCCGGCGGCACUUCGCGAUCCCACAUGGAUAAGCAGAUGGAUGCCACUUCGGCCUUGGAGUUCAGACAAGGGAAGGACAUGCAGGGGAUACCCUGGGAGACGUUGAACUACACCAGGGAUCAGUACCGUCAGGUGAGGCUCACACAGUACAAGAACUACGAGAGCCUCGCUAGGCCGCGGGAUGGACCUGAAAAGGUGUGCCAACGAGUGGAGAGAAGAGACAGCUUCUACGAUUUUCACUCGAAUACAAGGCAUGUCAAGCCAACGAUAGUGCACUUUCAGCUGAGAAACCUCCUGUGGGCAACUUCCAAGCAUGAUGUGUACGUGAUGCAGAACUACUCUGUGAUGCACUGGUCAUCUCUGGUCCAGAGCGGAAAAGAAGUGCUUAAUGUUGCAGGCCAAGUUGCUCCAACUCAGACUGUCCGUGGAGCUCGACCCUUGUCAAGAGUGCAGAUCAGCACCAUGGCAGUGAAAGACAAUCUCCUGGUGGCUGGUGGUUUCCAGGGGACUGACGGUGCUGUUUUGUGUCAGCAUGUCGACCAACCUGGAGUAGCGUUCUGUACGAAUCUGACCGGCAACAAAAAAUCCAUCACCAACGCUGUCGAGAUCUACGAAUCACCCAAUGGCGGCGCUACCAGAGUAAUGGCGGCGAACAACGAUUGCGUUGUCAGAACUUUUGACACGGAGAAGUACAGCCUGCUCACCGGGUUCUCGUUCCCAUGGUCGGUCAAUAACAUGUCCGUCAGUCCCGACGGGAAGCUGCUCGCGGUUCUCGGUGAUAGCUCCGACUUCAUCAUCGCCGACUCCCAGUCCGGAAAGGAAAUCGCGAGCCUGCGCGGCCACAAGGACUACUCGUUCGCGUCGGCGUGGCACCCGGACGGGCGCGUCGUGGCCACGGGGAACCAGGACAGGACGUGCCGGCUGUGGGACGUGCGCAACCCGUCGGAGGCGUUCGCGGUGCUGGAGGGGAGGAUCGGCGCCGUCAGGGGGCUCAAGUUCUCGCCGGACGGCAGGUUCCUGGCGGCGUCUGAGCCGGCCGACUUCGUCCACGUGUACGACGUCGCUGCCGGGUAUGCCCGCGCGCAGGAGAUCGACCUGUUCGGGGAGAUCGCCGGCGUGUCCUUCAGCCCGGACGACGGCGCCGAGGCGCUCUUCGUGGGCGUCGCCGACAGGACGUACGGCAGCCUGCUGGAGUUCCGCAGGCAGCGCCAGCACGGCUACCUCGACUGCUACUUCUGAAGUACAGUAUAACAAGC